AUGGCCUAUGAUGUGGGAUCUCCAGGCCGCCUCGGCGAUGCUGGAGUAUCUCGCUCCUCGAAGCUCAAGAGGUUUCUGGAUACCCACGACGGUAUAUUUCCACCAACAGAGGACCUCGGUAUCGUCGGUCCCGUCCAGUACCAUAUCUUAGUAGACGGUGGUUUUGGACAAGGACUCAGGUUUAUUAGGCCCUAUACAGAGAGGGAAGCUACCACAAGGGAUAAAAGGCUGUUCAAUCGGAAACUGAGCGGGUAA